AUGACCACCGGGAAGUGCUCCAUGACAAACGCCUCCAACUCGUCUCGUUUGCUCAAAACACUACGUACAUUGGCAGACACUAUGCUUCGCCUGUCGAUGGCAGCCGUCGGCGCGUUCCUCCAGUUUACACCGAAAGAGACUCUCUGUUCGGUAUUGCAAGAGGGCUCCACCGGAAAUGUGGGCACUUCCUCUGGACCCGAAAAUCCCGGAUGA